AUGGCAGCAGGGCGGGUGUCCUCGCCAUCCGAGCAAACCCCGCUGAUUCCGUCAUCGCACCCCGAUGAUGAGUCGAUUCCAAGUCCAUUGAGCAUCCCGAGGGGUGUUGCGAUCGCUUUCUUUAUGGAGCUGUUGAUUUUGAUACAGACUAUUAAUAUUUCUAUGAUGACAACCGCCCAAUCCGCCAUUGCGGCCGAUCUAGAUGCUUUUGACCAGGCAACAUGGUUUACUUCUGCAUAUCUGAUCGCUGCAUCGAGUGUUACCCCAUUGACUGGGCGGCUUGCAGAAAUAUUUACACCCCGGCUUUAUGUUAUCUUUGCCAGCGCCAUUCUCUCAAUCGGCUUGUUCAUUUCCGCUGCAGCACCAACCCUGACUACCUUCCUGAUAGGACGCGUAGUGGCAGGUAUUGGAAGUGGCGGAUUGAUGAGCAUUGCCAUCAUCCUGGCCGUGGAUCUUGCCUCCCCUAAACGCCGAGGACUAUGCAUUGGCAUGAUCAAUGCUGGAUAUACUACAGGUCUUGCCUCUGGUGCAGUUCUGGCUGGGCUGAUGACUUCUCCGCUCAGUUGGCGUCUUAUCUUUUGGAUACAAGCGCCGGCCGCGCUGGUCUUGGGCCCAUUACUGUUCCUAGCGAUUCCAGCUUCGUCGGGUGGUCGUGCACCCUUGAACACGCGGUCGCUGUUGCGUAGCCUAGCGCGAGUUGACUAUGCGGGCGCGUUGGCAUUGACGCUCUCCGUCGUUCUACUCCUGGCAAGCCUGGCAUCACCCAAGAUUCUCAUAUGGCCACUUCCAUUAUCUGCCGUUUGUUUCGCGGUUUUCGCCUUGAUUGAAUCACGGUGGACCACCGAGCCUGUGAUUCCAGUCCGGCUAUUACGAUCGAGAAGUGUCCUAAUGACAUGUCUCGCGGGGCUUGGCUUGAUGAUGGCCCGUUGGGCUGUGUUAUUCUACACGCCUGUCUACGCCAUGGCUGUCCGAGGCUGGUCUCCUGCCUCUGCUGGUCUCAUUCUGGUGCCAACCAACGCUGGAUUUGGAAGUGGUGGGCUACUCGUCGGAUGGCUACACAUCCGCAAAUCAACCAGUUAUUACUCCUCGUGUCUAGUCAUCUUCGUCCUCUUCGCCGCGGCCACUUCAGUCCUCUCCCUUCUGUCUACACCCGAAUCUCCGACAUGGUUGUAUGUUGUGACUACGUUCCUGAACGGGCUGUUCGCCGGAUCUCUAAUGAAUUAUACUCUGUCGCACGUCCUCCAUCUCACCAGCCCCCAUGUGCACUAUAUCGUGAGUUCCUUGGUUGCCAUGUCCCGGGGGUUCGCUGGUAGUUUUGGAUCCGCUGUAGGAGGUGGUUUCUUCACUCGAAUUUUGAAAACAUCGUUGGAGAAAGGAUUCGCCCAGCAUGAUUUACCCCCGCGACCGGACUUGAUUCGGACUCUGCUUGGUAGCCCUGCUACAGUUGCACGGCUGACCGAUGUCGAACGAUUGGUUGCCAUACAAGGGUAUGAACAUGCGAUUCGUAUGCUUUUCUUGGGUGGUAGCUUGGUGGCACUGACGGCUACUAUAUUCCAAGCGGCUACUGGGUGGACUUCAGAGGUCGAUAGAAAGAGUGAUGGGGAACCAGAGGUCUGA